AUCAAUUUCUCAGACUUAUCUCUCCCCACUCUAUCCCUCCUUCCUUCUCUCUGCAGCAGCGCACGGGCGCAGUGGUGACUGGUGAGGCGCACAAGGGAGUAGCGGCGCCUGUGCAGGCGUGCAAGGGAGACGGUGGCGGCAGCGGCGCGGGGCAUCGGUGCACGCGAGCGGAGCGGAGGAGGCACUGGAGCAACUCGCGGCGGCGGGGUUGAGCCAGGUGCGGCACGCGCGGGUCGGUGGCAUCGGGACGCUGUCGAGAAGAAACGGUAGGAGAAGAGAAGUUGAAGAAUCCACAGGGAUUCAAACGGGGCUCAAAUCUUCCCGACUUCCAGUACAGUCUUCCUCAGACGAGGCCGCAAGACAGGAGGAGAUAACGCCGGAGGCAGCCAGCCAGGGCGCGGUCAACCGCAGUAAGCCAAUAAGCAAUGCAAAUGCAGUAGUGGGCGCAGCUCCGGACGAGGGGAAUGGCGGCACCACCGAAUGCUAGCAUGGGACUGCUUAGUUUGGGUGGCUGCGGGGCUCUCCUCCCCACUCCGCAGCCUAAUUCGUGCCAUGGCCGCGGGUUCUUGGUUCCCGAGAGGAGCCUCUCCAUGUUGCCACUGCGCUGGGGUUUGUCGAGGAAGAAAGGCCGGGUUCUUGAUUCAAGAAGUGAUGGUGCUGUGGCUGGUGGUGGGGUCGGCACCGGGUCAUCGGAGCUACGGCACAUUGAGAAGGAGCUGACGUUCAGCCCGACUUUCACUGACUAUGUGAAAAUCAUGGAGUCGGUGAAGUUGGACAGGAGCAAGAAUAUACAUGGCGCCGAUUCGGAUGGCCGGAGCUCGAGGAGAAGGUUCACGGGUGAUGACCGACGGACGAAUAGGAGGUCUGGUGAUGCAAGGAAUAAACCAUUUGAAAGGAAUCAGGGACCUCGGAGGGACUUGACGAAGGAUGAGAAUCAGAAGGAUGUUACGGGAUUUGUGGAUAAAAGAGCAAUGGGACAUGUAAAAAAUAGCCGCCGCGGGCAAGGAGAGGUUGAAGACUAUGUACAGAGAAGAAUGAUUCGUGGCGACACUAGAGGAAAUGGAGGCAAUGGGCAGUUCUCAUCACCUGUGAAGGCUAAAGAUACUAGGAAAAAUUUACAAGGGCGAGCAACGUAUACUCCAUCUGGGACUUCUACCCUUCCGAAUAGCAGCAUUUCAUCAAAGAAUGCCAAGGUUCAAAUGGGAAAACAUGACUAUACUAGGACAAGUAGUAGUAUAAACUUCAAAUAUCCUGGAGAGACAUUUUCCAAUACUGAGGUCAACGCCAACAGUAACGUUCAAAGAAACCAGCAAAGAGUGGAGAGCUUAGGGAGAAACUUUGUAGUGCGUAGGCUUGGAGAGAUUGACAUAGACUCUAAGAAGUCUACUGUAAGCAAAACUUAUAGGAGUACACAGGCAAUGUCUGAGCAUGAUAGCCAUUCAAGUGAUAAUUUGGAGAGUGAUGAACCUAGAACGGUUCAAUUGCAUAGAGGAGCAAAUGUUAAAAUGGGGAAAUUUAUUAGGAGGGAUGCAGAAGCUACAGAUUUUGAUGAUAGAGCUGCUUUCAAAACUUUUGAGGUAUUUACUGAUGUCAGGAACAGGCCACGGAUCCUUCGAAUGGAAAUGGAAGAGAGAAUCCAGAAGUUAGCUAGUCGGCUCAAUGCUACAGAUGUAAACACUCCAGAGUGGAAAUUCUCCAAAAUGAUUCAUGAUGCAAAAAUCAAAUUCUCUGAUCACUCUAUCCUAAGGAUCGUUCAAAUGUUGGGGCGAUAUGGAAAUUGGAAAUGUGUUUUGCAAGUUGUUGAAUGGCUUCAGUCACGUGAAAGGUUCAAAUCCUACAAGAGCAGGUAUAUUUACACAACAGUUCUCGAUGUUCUAGGGAAGGCAAAGAGACCGCUUGAGGCAUUGAAUGUAUUUUACAGCAUGCAGAACCAAUUGUCAUCUUAUCCUGACAUGGCAGCUUAUCAUUGUAUUGCUGUUACUCUUGGGCAAGCUGGUCUUGUGAAAGAACUAUUUGAUGUGAUUGAUUGCAUGCGUUCUCCUCCUAGGAAGAAGUUCAAAUUGAGCCCUCUUCAGAAUUGGGAUCCUCGCUUGGAACCAGACCUCAUUGUAUACAAUGCGGUUUUGAAUGCUUGUGUGCAACAAAAGCAAUGGGAAGGGGCAUUUUGGGUACUGCAACAGUUGAAAGAGAAGAACAUCCGUCCAACAAAUUCAACAUAUGGUCUUGUUAUGGAGGUGAUGCUUGUCUGUGGAAAGUACAAUUUGGUUUAUGAGUUCUUCAAUAAGGUGGAGAAAUCAUCAAUACCUGGUGCUCUGAACUAUAAAGUUCUUGUAAAUGCACUUUGGAGAGAAGGAAAGAUCAAUGAAGCAGUAAUGGCUGUGAAGGAUAUGGAAAGUCGUGGAAUUGUUGGUUCUGCUAGUCUGUAUUAUGACCUAGCUCGAUGCCUUUGCAGUGGAGGACGGUGCAAAGAAGCACUUCUCCAGGUUGAGAAGAUAUGCAAGGUUGCCAACAAACCACUGGUUGUUACCUAUACAGGACUCAUUCAGACCUGCAUAGACAAUGGUGGCAUGGAAAACGCUAAAUACAUAUUCAACCACAUGUGCAACUACUGUUCACCUAAUACUGUGACUUGCAACAUCAUGCUGAAGUCAUACAUUCAACAUGGAAUGCUUGAAGAUGCGAAAGAUCUACUCUAUGAUAUUCUGAAUUGCAGGAUAAGGAGUAAAGCGGAUUCUAGUCAAGUGGCAACUGCUGACAAGUUUACUUUCAAUACUUUCCUGGAGGCCUGCGCUGCAGCAAAAAGGUGGAAUGACUUUGAGUAUGCGUUUCGCCAGAUGUUAUUGAAUGGGUACCAUUUCGAUGAGCGAAGACACCUGCGUAUGGUCCUUGACGCUUAUAGGCAUGGGAAGGACCAGCUGUUGGAUGAUCUGUGGCACUACCUGUGCCAUCACAGCCGUGUCCCGCCCACCCCUGUCAUAAUGGAGAGAUUCUGCCUAAAACUGAUGCAGGGAGACACAUUGGCGGCGAUCUCUUGUGUCAGCAGCUUCAAGGAGGGCAAGAUAUGCAACAUAUCCUCCACGUCUUGGCUCAAUCUGCUGAACCGCAACACGGCUAGGCUGAAGGAGGAGCAUGUUACCAAGUUAGCUCAUGAACUUAACAACCUCGUUAGCUCAAGGAGUUCCUCUAAUAGCAUUACUCUGUACCAAAAGAUUCUUAGUAGCUGUACAGCCUUCCUUUCUGGAGCCACCAUUGUAGAAAAGGCGCCUUCUGACCAAUAGAUGGUGUUACAGAAAUCAUAGUUACCACAACUAGUCCAUUAUAGUACUCCAAAUCAUAAUUACCACGACUGAUAGAGUAUAUUGCAUUUAACGUUUGGUUAUCGGUAGAAACAAAAAAAAAAUCACGUAAGGAAUAGUUCUUAUUUUUGCUAGUAGUAUAAUACAAAGGCUGAUUUGGGAGCAUAAGAGAGAGCUUGGUUGGCAGGUUAUUUUUAGACUGGUUAUGGAAGAUCGCAGAAGCAGCAUUCAGAUCCUGUCGUUGGCCGUCAUUCUGGGUGCCUAUGGUCCUGUCUCAUCCUGCCAUCAUCACCAGGCGUGCUUCUUUUGUGAUACAUUGAUUACGCGCGGCAUGCGCAACCUUGCAGACUGUUUAGUUAA